ACAGCUCGAAUAAAAAGAAACUUGAUCGCGUUGAACUUUGAUGCAGUGAAAUAAAUUAAAAUGACAGUACAACAACUGAGCUCUAAUAUUUCUGACGACUCUGAUGACAUGGUUAGUUUACCAUCGGAAGAAGAGAUUUACAGGCGUAAAUACCAACUGUUACUGGAGCGAUGUGAGGUGUUACAACAGGAUAACGAACGAAUUGUGAAUAGGAUACACGAGGCCAAGAAAAUAACAAAGCGCUACCGUAAAGAUAUAAAGCUCUUGGUCGAGCGAUUAGACAAACAUGGAGAUGGAUUCAGAACCGCGUCAGUGGACGUGGAGGUGAAGCCUGAGGUGGUGGUCAAGACAGCGCGGGUGCCCUCUAAAGCGCAGCCAGCGCCCAAACAGACAGAAAAACAAAAUGCAACUAGUGCCAAAAAGCCUGGACCUAAAAGAAAAAGCAAAGCAGACAAGCCUGAAAGAGAUCCCAAUGCCCCGAAGAAACCAUGCAAUGCAUUUUUCCAAUUCUGCCAAGAGCAGCGGCCAGUGGUAGUAGCAGAGACAAGCUCCGAGAUGGGAGGAGAGCCUACUAAGCAGGAAGUAACCAGGCAGCUUGCGUCAAGAUGGAGAGCACUGUCUACAGAAGACAAAAGGGUAUAUGUGGCUAUGUUCGAGAGAUCAAAAGAAAAAUAUGCAGAAGAGAUGUCAGCAUACAUAAAAAAAGAACAAUGACAUACUCAUUGUCAUCCUCAUAGUUCUUAGAUCUCUUGUGAUUGUCAGCUUUAAGGUUAGGUUAAAAUUAAUUAUAAAUUAUUUAUAUU